AUGGUUGACACUUCCGCUCACAUCAAAAGAGGACAUCCCAUCUUCUUCGGUUUAUUACUCUUCUUCGCUUUCAUCGAAGGUUGUAUCACCGCUUGGCUUGUCUCUAAAUACAACAACAAUGACAGCUACCCCAACCACUCUAUCCGAGAUAGACUCAAGUUCUUGGUGUUCGUUUCAUGGUGGACGGUCUUCUUUUCUGCUGCGUACAUUGCCGCUUUCUUCACUGCUUCCAUGAGUUUCGUAGCUUCUAUUGCCAGUCAUUUAGCUUGGUUGGCGUUAACCUGGUUAUUCUGGCUCGCUUCCACAGCAUCUUUCACAGCCGCUCUGGGAGGUGGACAAAGAUGUGGAUCGUCCACUUUAACUUAUUGUUCACAAAACGUUUCCGCCGAAGCUUUCGGUUGGAUUGAAACCAUCUUGAUCUCCCUUGGUUUCGGUGCAAUCUUGUUCAUCGGUAUUGGUGCCGUCAGACGAGGUGAUAGAUUAAGUGGUGAACUGGCUUAA